UUCCUCUUCUAUCCAUCCUCACUUCCUUCGCUGAUAUUUUUAUGUUUGUAUAAGUUUCCUUGCUUCAUCUUUGCGGACCUUGUUAUUUUUUCCAAAAAACAUCAUUUUUAUAACAAAAAUAUAGUAUUAUUUGUGAUCAAUCGCCUGAGCAGAUUUUAAAAAAAUGGUUAACACCCGUCGUUCUGAGUCACAUUCUACUCGACCUCACCAGACUAGGGGUGCAACAAAAGAAGAACAAGAUUGUAGUUCCUCCAGCACAAAAGAAGAAGACAGUAACAGUGAACAUAGUGAUGACGAUUCAUCAACCAACACUCCAAUAUUAGAAGCCCUAAAAAAGAAAGUCGGUGGAAAAGUUUCAAAGCUUGUUACUCUAGAAAGAAAAUUUCCUAGCAAAUUUGAUCAACCACCUAAACGCAUAUCUCUAGAGAGGCGAAGACUAGCAGUUUAUGCUAACAAAAAAAUGGAUGAGGAUUUCCUCGAUGGGGAUUUUUCAGAAGAAGAAUAUUAUCCUAACAGGCGCUUUCGCCAAAACCGUCGCCAAAAUCAUCUUACAACGAAGAGGCGUAUGCUGCGUCGUUCUGCCUUGUCUUUGCGUCCUAUAAGUCAAAAAUCGUAUGCAGAUCAUUCUCCCAUACACUUUGACACAGACAGUGAUGGGUUUCCCAAAAGGGAGACUCGUCAUUCAAGGAAUAUGGAAGGAAGGAGUUGGCUGGGAGAUAGUCAAAUGCAUAAAGUGGGAUAUCCCAAUUUGAAUGCUGGUUAUUCAGAAGAAGAUAGUAGAGAUGCCGCUGAUGUUCAUGCCAAUAUGGAAAUUUCUCCACCCUCAACUAGACGACUUUCUGGAAGACGAAUGGUAAAACCUGUAUACUACUACGAAGAGUAUGACGAUGGACCUCGAAUUUCUAGAACACGCAGGACGGUAAGACGUGUAGUUACAGAAGUCACAUUGGAUCAUAGAAGAAAACCUGAGUCAAAUGAGAAAGAAAAUAGGGAAGAGAGUGGCAGGAACCUUCGAACUCGUAGAGCGAAGGCGCAAUUGAACCAAAAAGCCAAUACGGAGGAUGAUGAGAAUAAAUCUAGCAAGGAGAGUGAUGCUGAAGAAGCAAAAGAAGCAGCAGAAGCGAAAGACACAUCUGAUGAAAAUGUUGAAGAACAAAAACAAAAUAUCCAAAGUCAAUCGUCAGCAGGUGCCGAAGAAGUUGUACCAAAAAGAAGCCCCAGGCAAUCAAAACGAUGUAUACCAAAAGUAGCCGAUUCUGAAAGUUCAGAGUCAGAAGAAAGUGGAGGGAAAAAAUAUUCUUUGAGAAAUAGACCAGCAAAAGUAGCACCAAAAACUAUGCAAACAUCUGUUUUACGGCCUACAAUGGAAAGAAGAACCAGACGAAGGUUUACAAGAAGAAGAAAAAGCUCGAGUAGUUCAAAUACAACAUCAAGUUCGUCAGACAGAGUUCGAAAAACCCCAAAAAGCCCGCACUCGAAAAAUGUAAUGAUGAAGACAGGAGGCAGCAGUACUAUAGCACCAAUAAAACCUGAAACUCUGGAUCAAUCUGUUAGAUUCAAUAGUAUCGGAGGUUUGAAAAGCCAUAUUCGGUGUCUUAAAGAAAUUAUUUUGUUGCCAAAGAUGUAUCCAGAAGUGUUUAGAAAGUUUCAGGUCAAGCCUCCACGCGGAGUACUUCUGCAUGGACCUCCAGGUACAGGUAAAACCUUAAUCUCAAGAGCUUUGGCCAAUGAAUGCAGCUUUGGAAAUCAGAAGGUGUCGUUUUUUAUGAGAAAAGGGGCAGAUUUGUUGAGCAAAUGGAUUGGGGAGUCCGAGAAACAGUUGAGACUUUUAUUUGAACAGGCUGCUGAAAUGAAACCGUCAAUUAUAUUUUUUGAUGAACUCGAUGGUUUAGCACCAGCCCGUUCGGCUAGAUUAGACCAAGUUCACGCUAGUGUAGUGUCCACGCUGUUAGCAUUAAUGGAUGGCUUAACUGAUAGAGGUGAUAUUAUCGUAAUUGGAGCUACUAAUAGAAUUGAUGCCAUUGAUCCUGCUCUAAGACGUCCAGGGAGAUUUGAUAGAGAGUUGUUCUUCCCUUUACCGUCAAAAUCAGAACGUGAAGAAAUCCUGAAAGUUCACACCUGCAUGUGGGCUCAAAAACCUAGUGCUAAUCUACUCGACUAUUUGGCAGAAAAUACUGUAGGAUAUUGUGGUGCUGAUUUGAGGGCUUUAUGUUCAGAGGCUGUUAUUCAAAGCUUCCAAAGGACUUAUCCUCAAGUGUAUGAAUCAGAACAUAGAUUACUGUUGGAUGCUGAUACUGUUAAAGUGGAAAAAGUGGAUUUUUUUAGAGCAAAGUCUAUGCUAGUACCAUCAUCUUAUAGAGUAGCUUCAGGAUUUGGCAAGAAACUACUUCCGAUUCUAGAGCCAUUAUUAGGAAAUGAUAUGAAGAAGAUUUUCAGUCAUUUAGAGAAGAGUUUUCCACAUGGUCUCAAUGAAUCUUUGUCUAAGGUGAAAUUAUCAGCAAGUUUAUAUCCACCCCAAUUUUUGCUAACUGGCAAUGGUUCUGAGCAUGGCCAAUCCAAUCAUAUCGCACCUGCCCUACUUUUCAGAAUGGAACAUAUUCACCCCUACCUGUUAGAUUUGGCUACCUUAUUUAGAGAGCCCGGAAGGACUCCAGAAGAAGUUUGUUUCCAGGUUUGUACUGAAGCUAAACGGAACGUUCCCAGCAUAAUUUAUGUGCCAAAUAUUGACCAUUUUUGGGAAUUAACAUCUGAUGUUGUUAAAGCUAUUUUUCUGGCUCAGAUUAGAGACAUAGGUCUCAAUAUUCCUAUUCUGGUUCUCGCUACUUCAAAUGUUAUUUAUCGUGAGCUUCCAGGAGAGCUACAAAAGAUCUUCUCAGAUCACCGAAAAGAAGUCUUAGAAGUUCACCCACCAAAUUCUGAGGCACGUCAUCUUUUCUUUAAAGGUCUUCUUAUUGAUACUUGCCUGAAACCAAUGAGACAAGCUAGAGAAUGUCCAAAAACCCCUCCGCCUUUACCAAGAGCCCCCACUCCACCACCAGCACCACUAACCGAAGAUCAAGCUCAAGCAGUUUAUAAUGCUGAAGAACACACGUUAAGAGAAUUGAGAAUAUUUUUGAGAGACAUGUGCAAGAAGUUGGCUAAUAAUAAAUUAUUCUUUAUGUUUACUAAACCGGUGGAUACUGAAGAAGUCCCAGACUAUACAGAAAUCAUUAAGGAACCAAUGGAUUUGGAAACUAUGAUGAUGAAAGUGGACUUUCAUCGAUAUGAAUGUGCCAAAGAUUUCCUUCAUGAUAUCGAUUUGAUUUGUCAGAAUGCUCUAGAAUAUAAUCCUUCGAAGACUUCUGCAGAUAAGCAAAUUCGUCACAGAGCUUGUUCUUUACGAGAUUAUGCAUAUACCUUGAUAAAGACUGAAAUGGAUAGUGAUUUUGAGGAUAAAUGCAAGGAUAUUAAGAAGAAGCGAAAGGAUCGGAAUGCAUGUGUAAAGAAAUAUUUGCCUCCUUAUAUUGUUACUCCUGAUGUUGCAGCUAAGCAUAUAGAAAAAAACAUAAAACACGAGGAACAACCUAGUACUAGUAAUGGUAACAUCAACUUCUUGGAUAGUAGUAUUCCACCAAAAACUAUGGAAAGGAAUAGGAUAAGUACAAUAAGGAAGAGGAAAUUCAAUAAUUGGAGGCAUGGAUAUUUGAAAAAGAAGAAAAGGCCAAAAACUGAUAUUCCUAAUAAUCUGAAUAAUUCCAGUAAAAGUAAAGAAAAGCAAUCGAGUGAUGAGUCUAAAGAAAAUGAUCCUGAUAGUAGUACAAUGGAAUUGCCACUGCCCGAAAAUGAUUCUCCAGGUACUGCCCAUAUACAUACUGCCAUAAGCGUUACCUGUGAUAGUCCAAAGGCGAUUUCGUCAAGCUCAGAAAGAACUCCCAACAGAGUGAAGGCCGACCUAUUAAGCCCGUCAGAACUAUUAGAAAAUCCAUUAUAUUUUGAUGAUAUUGAUUUGGCCUUAAACGAAAAUGCGCUUGAAGUUAUGACACCAAUUGAUUGUUCUGCGAAUGAACUUGAAAAUGUAUUAGAUGAAACCGUUCAGAUGACAAAUGGUUUUUCAUUAGAAAAGCUUCUGAAUCUUUACAACCAGUUCAGUUGCAUUAUCAAGAAGUAUUCCAAAACGCAUCUCAGGCAAUCUUUGCCAAAGGAAUUACAUAAGGAACUAAUACAAUUUCGAAAAUCUCAUACCCAGUGAUUAGUCAGCAAAGCUCGAAUUCGUCAUAACUGGUUUAAUCACUGCCACAAUUUUCAGUUUAUUUAGAAUAUAUUUUUUUGUCCUUUUACCAAUAGGUGGUUAGGUAUGGAAGUUUAAUCUCUCCACCUCUUAUGUUCUACUUUAUUAUACUUAUGUUUUAAUAAAAACGCGAUUAUUUUUAAGUGUUUAUGAUUUUUAUAGUAUUAUGUUCUUAAUUUUGUGAAAAAAUCCAGGAAUUUUACUUCAGUUUUUACAGUCUUGCCUGUUUAAGUGUAUCCAAAUUACUCAUUUAAAGGCUUUUCUGUUACCAUUAAGGAAUUUAACGAAUAAAUUAUCUUACAUUUAUUGUUAAAAAAAAGCACUCCUGCUCCCUGUAAGUUUUUACCAAAGAAUAUUUAUCGGCAUUUAUGUGGUGAUUUUUAUGUGCCUUUGUUUUUUAACAGAUAAAUUGUGUUACAGAUACAUUUAAUUUGACAAUCAAAUUUGGAGAAUAGGAUGUUAACAGAUUUAUUAAUAUUUUCAUAAGACAUUAUCAUGUUAUUUAAACCUAACAAAUUGUCAAAUAAAUGUUGCCCCUUUACUCAUAUACCUUGAAUGAUCCCAACUAUAUUUUAAAUAAUACAAUUUCUAUUUUGGUCUCCUGGACAACGAAUUUUGGUCUUGAGACUAGUUCGGAUCAACGUGGUUCCGACGAAAUUGUGCACCACGAAUUUUCAUUGUAAAUCAUAUUUUAUUUGUAAUUUUGUUUCAAUAAAAAUCACAUUAACUGAUUUAAUCUUGAUUUUAUUUGCCACACAAUAAAUAAGACAAAAAUUAAAUACUUAAAACAUUAAGUUUACACAACAGUAAAACCGUUUUGCGCUAUUUUAAAAUAUAAACAAUCUAAAAUUCAAAUAAGGAAUGUAAAAAUACCACAGACGAGUUAAUAAAGUACUAAUACAAAAACACGUAAAUUUAAAAUGCGCUCAGAUAUUGUUCAGAUCCUUUAAAAAUUAAAUGAGUUUUCUAGCAAUUACCAUAAUUUCUAGAAACGUUCGUUGUAUUUUAUUUUAGCCUAUAAGCUAAAACUAGAGAGCAGAGAAAUAAUAACUUUUACUGAGCAACUAAGUUAUUAACAUGGUCUUUACUCUGUAUACAAAAUAAGCUAAAAAACAAGUGGAUUUAAUGAAUAUAAAAUUGAAAUAUUGCAAUCUAGAGAUUCUAAAAUUUUAAUCACAUUUAGGUACACCAAUGGGCAAGAUGACAAAUGGAAUUUAUUGUCGUUGUAAUGAUAUUUUGAAAUGGGAUAUGUACUUAGCUUUUUUUAAAUACUAAACAGAUGGUUAGGUACUUUCAGCCACAAAACAAACAACUUUAAAACUAAUGUAAUUCUAGAACAUCAUUUCCAAAAUUCACCCAACCCCAUUUCCAACAUUUGGCAUACAUACUAAUACUGGCAAGCGCUGUAGUAAAGCUAAAAACCAAGAAAAUAAAGUGCAUUAAGCUGUACCGUGCAAACUAUCAUAGGCCUUGACUUUCUCGGGAAUAGCUGCCGCUUCUAAAGGAACUCUUGACAGAAGAUCUCGCAGAUUUCCGAUAAAUGAAAUUUUUCUGUAGAAUUUUG